AUGAAUGAUGAACACAACCCACAGUCCUAUGUCAAUUAUCUUCCCAUCGAGACGGAUAUUGAAAUGCCUCCUCCUUCCAAAACAUCAAGACGGCGCGUCAAACUUUCCAAGUACUGGCCCUUUGCAGCGCAUCUCGCUCUAAUCGCCUUCGUAUCCUUGGCCUGUCUCCGCUGUCUAGACGGUCGCGAUUUCUACGUCAACUCCCGUCGACCACGAUAUCGAGAAGUAGAUGGUUCUGUUGCGUAUGCGACAUCUUACGCUCCCCUCCAAUCUGACAUCACAACUGCCGUCUCGUUGGCAGCUUCAGUAACACGUGUUGCGGGUGGAUGGUGGGCGACAGGCUUCAUGUGGCGCUGCAUUUUCGUGGCCAUGGAGCGAGGGGGAAUCUCCGCAAAAGGACUAUCGCAGGCGAUUUCGAGUAGGCCCCCUGCACCUCGCCACUUUACUCGAAAAAGUAACAUGGUCAUCAUAUACAUCACCCUUCUCGCCACUUUCGCUAUCGAUUAUUUUUCCGCAGCUUUAACAGGCUCAUUUAUUUGGGAGGCUGCGGACAGGCGAAUACCCGGAAGGAUACCACUCGCCAUCUCAAACGGAACCGCAGAUUAUGUUGGCGAACCUUACUUGGGUGACAGUUGGAAGCCUCCGGUUCUGUCAAUGGCCUCGGCUUCUGCAAGCAUCGCAUGGAUGCUCCCCUCAGACUCCGUUUCGAACAUCACGGAACCCUCCACAACUUUUCGCCGUGUUAUCCGAGGAGCACAGUACAUCUCCACCAACUCUACCCUGUCUGAAGUUAUGAUCCCUUACUUUGCCGUAGAUGCCUUCGAGUGGGUGCAAGACCCCCACCAGGUCUUGACGGCCACACAGAUAUCCCUACUGGAACAGACGUCGGCGGGCGAGUUUAACCCUUUUACGACUACGGCAAAUGACUCGGGUGGGUUCUUACCCGACGUACAAUGGGGAGAAGGACCACAGACUCCUAUAUCGGGACGUCAGGACAUGCCUAUAUCAGAAACACGACUAUUCGCCCUUGUGAUUUAUUUUAUUCCUCCGCCCGACCUUCCUCACUCCGACGUUCAAGUGUGCCCACAGAAUUAUACGAUCGAUCCGGGCAUCCAAAUCAACUUGUUUGGCAGCGUGAACAAUUCCUUCAGCAUCUUGCCCUGUUUUGGCAUUGCAAAUGUGUCGUACCGGGCUGGAGUAUUCAGCGGUCGAAACUGUAAAAUCAUUUCUCCGAAUGUCGUGGAAGCACAGCCACCCUUUACGCUCAUCGGAAAUCCAUUCACUUCGGGGGCACUGGGACUGACACCGGCACUGGUAACCAACCUUGUGUUAUCUACGUAUGCUAUUCCCCUGAACUAUGGGACACGCAGAAACUUGGCCAUCGAGCUAACUUCACGAGCGUAUCAGGCCGCAUGGGCAUCAUCGACGGACCUUGGCCGGGUUGUUUUCGAUAUUGCAACUGUUCAGAUUGCCUUGCCGACGUUGCGUGCCGAAAUUAUUCGCUGGAGAGUAUACCUUUGGGUGGCGCUGCAUCUUUGGGUGUUAGCGCUAGGCUUGCUUUUCAUCUACAUUCAAAGUCAUUGUGAUCACCCGUGGGUUGAGGACCCAACCAUGGCUGUCUUCUGGCUGGACACGAGAGCGGUUCUUACCAAGUCGGAUCGCCAGCUCGUUUGGGAUCCAUGGCGGCCCGGAACAGAGAUUCCCGAAGAUGGAAUACUCAUACUCGAGCAAAACGAAGCUGGUCAGCACUCAGUGGAAGUCAAGAGGAGUAGUGGUUCGCGUCAGCGCAGAUAUUCGGAUUCAAUACCGUUACGGUAUAGGAUGCCUCCUUCAAAUUCCACGACACUAGGAGCCGAAGGCAGAGAAAGUGUCGAUACGCUCAUCGUUCCGAACACCAGCUUGUUGGAUUCCACCACAAUCCCCGAAAAUUCUCCAGAAUAA